UCAAUCUGGAAAUCAUCCUUUCGAUAAACCCAUCAACAAAUCCAAAUUAGUAGUUUCUCGGCGAGAUUGUGGGAGAUGUGCUGUGCACCGAUGUGUGGGCCCUCGGUCUGCGGACCUUCGAUGUGCCCGACGCCCGCUUGUCGUGCGCCACUGGAGCCACUGCAUCCGUCGACAGUCUACCACUGCUGUCCGUCCACGAAGUGCACGCUGUGCUGCAAUAACGAGUCGAAGCAGGAGUGCCACUGCACCUGCCAGCGCAACAAGCACAUCGUGGAGGCGUUCAGCUGCCUGUUCCGGGUCAGCAAGUUCCAGAUCCUGACCACCCUCUUCCUACUGGCCUAUCAUGAUAGCAGGCCACUGCCGCGCUUUCCGCGCGAUCGCAACUGGGCGGUGAUGGAGAACGUGAAGGCACCGUACACGGAGUUGCACGACCUAAGGAUCUACGACAGCCUGUUCGACCGCUGUGGUAACCGCAUCGAUCCGCUGGACCAAAAGAACACGUACAGGCUGUUGCGCCUGAUCUUUCUCGGUCCAGUGCUGGUGCCGGAUCAGCGGACACAGCUACUGGCCAUGCUGUACACGCUGAAUGCCCGUGCCGUCUGUCCCGUGGAUCUCAAUGGCCUGUUGUCGGUACUGCAGUAUGUGAAGCUGGAUGAGCUGGUGUGCGGCAUCUUGGAGCAGGACGGUCGAGCAAAGCGCUUCCGCAGCGGGCGGCAGUGCUUGGAGCUGUGCAAUCUGUACCAGAAAGUGGUCGCCACGGACAAGGAUGCGGUGAUAAAAAAGCAUCGCCGCCGCAAGGAGAAGUCCAAGAGCAAGGAUUCGGAGGCACAGAAGAAGCCGCGCAGAACCAUUACCGCGCAGAUAUACUGCACCCGUCGCGUUCCGGAGCCCGAGGAUGUUAGCUCACGGGUCGAGACUAUCACUCCAAUCGUUCGCAGUACAGCCACCUCGUUGCGCCGCUCCUCCAACAAGAAAAGCUGGAUGCCGGUCAAUAGGAGCAGCACUAAUAACUCGGAGAAGGGAUCUCGCCGGGGUUCGCGCAAUCUCGCGGGUUCACCGAAGAGGCACAAGCCGGAAGUGUCCAACGUGGGAGUGCGAAUGCAGGGCGGCGACCGAUAGAGAAUGAAGUGAAGCCACAUCGAUUUUUGAAUCUCCCCCAUCUGUAUUCAAUCUCGGUUCAUCUACAUCUACUAAAUUCCGUAAUGCAAAUGGUUUUUUU